AUGGAGGGCCAACCGAGAGCCACUACCCGCCCUGCCAGCGGCAUCCCACGGCUAGCGGCAUCCAGAUUGCCUCUGCCAACGUCCACAGCAUCGAAAUCCAUCCGCCCCUCCCCCUCCCGUGAUCGAUUACAGGCCGACCCUGGGCUGGACCAUGCUCGCCUCCGAAGACCCUCCUAUGAAUCGCUGCUCAAGAAACCCACCCCACGCUACUCUUUGCCAGCAAAGUCAGUCGUCCAAGCUCCUCCCAAACGGGAUGAUCCUCAAACGGAAACAAAUGAAACACAAACACCCGAGCACGUGAGCCUGGCCGCAGAUGAAGAGGAUGAUGAGCUGGCUCAUGAGCCGCGCGGUCGUCUACGGGAGGAGCGUCCAUCCUUGUCGGAGCGAACGAUUGAGACACUCGCGCAAAUCCCGCCAUCGCCAGCUUCUGUGAAAAGACAAUCGAGCUUUUACAAUGGUGCCAGCCCAAUUCGGUCUCCCUCUCGGACACCAUCCAACGUUUCCACCUAUUCAAGGUCGCCAUCCCGGUCUUCCUCUGGCCAAGCAAACGGGAACGAUCUCCUGUCCCAGCCCGUUUCCAAGCUCCGGCUGCCUUCCCAUCCUCGCAUUUCAGUGGCUUCUGCUUCGUCCCUGUCAUCCGGCAAGGUUUCUGAUGCCAAGAACAACCCUUCGAAAAUGAGAUCGCCGUCCGCAAGACAAAGUCUUGCACCUGGAGGUGGUAUUAUCGAAUCCAGUACCCCGCUCAAGAAGGGUUCGACGGGGAAAACAAAUGCUCUGGGAGGGACGCCUGCCAAAGCGUCGCCUUCUCGUCCUUCCUUGAGAAAGAAACCUUCGAAGCCUGCCCUAUCGAAGAUGGGGCCUCCCGAACGGCCACUCCAGGUAAAAAAGACAAGAAAGUCUCAGACUGAUUCCUCUUCAUCGAUGAGGUCUCCCUCGACCGCCUCGCGAUACUUAUCGGCUGCCUCCACCCUGCAGGAGGAACUUACUCCGGAUCAGCAGGCGGAAAAUGAAGCAAGGAAAGCCUCGAAGUCAUCCAGUGCUUUACGAGAGAGUAUCGCAAAGGCAAAGGCUGCGAAAAAGGCGGCAACAAGCACAGACAAACCAGCGCCACAAGCCAAAGCACCCGUUAAGACGUGGGAAAGUGUUGAUGACGAGGACCCCUUCAAUCAACUUCCCAAAGGAUCCAACACGGCUGUGCUCAAAAAGCGCGUGGAGGGUGCACGCACGUCGGGCACUUUGAACAUUGCUGCCAUGUCAUUGACCGAGAUCCCCAAAGAGGUGAUCAACAUGUACGAGUUUGACUCCGAAACCUCAUCCAACUGGUUUGAGAAUGUGGACUUGGUCAAGUUUAUCGCUGCAGACAACGAACUGGUCGAAGUAGCGGAUGACACUUUCCCUGACAUCGACCCAGUGGAUUUCAACCCCGACAGUGACGAGCGAGGUCCCCAGUUCGGUGCAUUGGAGACACUGGAUCUGCACGGAAACAAACUUCAAGCUCUCCCGGUAGGGCUUCGACGACUUCAUCAGUUGCGCUUCCUCAACCUAUCCAACAAUGAGUUGACCUUAGACAAGCUCGAGAUCAUCAUGGAGAUCCCAUCCUUGGUGGACUUAAAAUUGGUGAAUAAUAAAUUGGAGGGAUCCUUUCCCUCGAAAAUUGGCCGUCUCCGUCAACUGGAAGGCUUGGAUCUGCGGAGCAAUGCUCUUACGAAACUACCAAAGGAGCUGUCAGAGUUGACAUGCCUGAAAACCUUGGAUGUCGGUGAAAACCAGUUGACAUCUUUGCCAUUUGAAGCACUGAGCAAGCUUCCUCUGAAAACCUUGAAUGCCCCCAAAAACAACCUGGAAGGGACGUUGAUCCCGGGGUCUGUGGACCGGCUGGAGCACCUGCAGUCUCUCAACAUUGCGAACAAUUCAGUGGAGGCUCUUGCAGCCAACGAGAUGAUCUCCUUACCCAAUCUUCACAGCCUGAUUAUCAGCGUGAAUCGCAUCAAGUGCCUGCCUUCUGUGUCUUCAUGGCAAUCACUGUCUGUUCUUGCAGCAGAAGUCAAUCGUCUUGCGGAGAUCCCGGCAGGGUUCGUGGAACUCAAGAACCUUAAGACGGUUGAUUUUACUGGAAAUAACAUCACUCGCCUAGAUGAAAAGAUCGGGCUCAUGAACAACCUCUCGACAUUUAAGAUUGCCAACAACCCGCUUCGUGAGCGCAAGUUUCUGAGCAUGGGCUCGGACGAAAUCAUCCAAGAUCUUCGGAAUCGAUGUGAACCCGAGCCUCAAGAUACAGACGACGAGGGAUCGGUGGCCACCCAAUUCACGCUGGCGCCAGAGACCCCGGCUUUGGAGAGCGGUUGGCGUGUGAAGCCUGGUGGUAUCCUUGACAUGUCAUACUCUGAUCUGACAGAUCUGGGCGCAAGCAAAAUGGAGAUGAUUAACUGGGAGGACGUCCGCUGCCUUUACCUACAACAUAAUGAAAUGCGCUUCUUCCCGCUUCCAGUAAUGGCAAUGCUCGCGCACGGUCUGACUGAGCUUGAUCUUUCGCACAAUCCUCUUCACACUGCUGAUCUCAUGCCUGCCUCGGUUGAGCUACCAAAGCUUCAAAGUCUUAACCUGAGUGCUGCCAGCCUGACGUCUUUGGAGCCUCUUUUGACGAAGCUGCAAGCUCCAUUACUCAACUUCCUGGAUGUAUCCAACAACCGCCUCACUGGAUCCCUUCCGCACAUUCGCCAGACAUACCCAGAGGUCAAAACUUUCCUGGCAUCGGAUAACCAGAUUGCUAGCGUGGAGUUUGAAGCAGUUCAAGGCCUGCAGGUUUUGGAUAUCAGCAAUAAUGACAUUGAUCAUCUGCCACCGAAGAUUGGCCUGCUAGGUGCCGACCGCUCUCCGAAAAACUGGGGCACUGGGUCGCCCUUGAAACGCUUCGAGGUUGCAGGAAAUCGCUUCCGGGUUCCCAGGUGGCAGGUCGUCGCCAAAGGAACCGAUGCAGUUAUGGAGUACCUGAAGGAGCAUAUUCCUACCCAAGAUUUGCCGGAGUGGGAGCAAGAGGACGCGGCGGCUCCUGCCGAUACGUUUUAG